AUGAAGAGCGAGAAACCGAAUUUCAACGGGAGAAAAAAGGUCAUUGGGGAAGAUUUUGUCCGUUCUGAUGCCGUCCGGUUCUUCCGCGGCAAAAAUGAAACGCUUUCUUCGCGCAGUGGGCAAGAUUUGAGAGUCAUUAUGUCAAACGUGGAUCCAAAGCUAGUACGACAGGAAAUCGACGAAUUGCUGACAUCAGGAAGGCUAGUUUCGUUAGAGAGGCUGGAAACUGUUUCAGCACACAUUUUCCAAAUGUUUGGACGAGAGUGGAGAGAGCUGACGAGCAGUGAAGUUUUCAUACACGUCUUCCAUGACUCGUUUGACGAUGUGGACAAGUUACUUGCACGGGACCGCUAUAAGCUCGUUUUUGACUUUAUCCCAUUAUCAGCGAGUUUCACGUUCACCUGUCUGAGCAGGAAGUUUGUCCGUCUCAGCCUCAAUAAAUUUGAGAGAACUGCUCCUGCGUAUGGUUUUGGAUUUUCAAAUCUCAGAGAAAUGGAGACCUUCUGUGCUCAUCUGGAUCGAAUUCGCAGCUAUGCAAAGGCCACUCUUGUUCCUCCAGUACGUUCAAUAGUGUUAGGAAUGGGCAAUAUCGGUUUGCAGUCUCCGUCCUCUACACCUCCUCGUGUGAACAUCCCAUAUUUUUAUGCAGACAACACAGUAACAGAUAUCCCUUCAACUCUCAGCACGAUUUGCCCUGCAAUGACUGCAUUUCGGAUGAAUAUGGUUGCGCGGAGCCAACAACCAUAA